AAAAAGCUGAUUAUAAAAAGGAAGGUAAGAAGUGAGCGGACCUUCAGUAAGAAAGAAAUUCUCAAGAAGAUUGUCCAUUGAAACGGCAACUCAGGAUGCUUUCACCGGCUCUCCUGUGUGCACUUGUGACGCUCUCCGUCGCCCGUUCUCGGCCCCACCUCCCCGCCGCCGCCUUCCCGCAGAUGGUCGAGCUGAUCAACGAGGCCGACACCACCUGGAUGGCCGGCCUGAACCUCCGCCACCUCAACAUCAGCUACAUGAAGAGACUGUGUGGGACUAAACUGAAUGGACCAAAGCUGCCAGAGGUGGUUCACAGUACCGAAGGCCUGAAGCUCCCGGACAGCUUUGACGCGCGCCAGCAGUGGCCCAACUGUCCCACCAUCCGACAGAUCAGAGACCAGGGAUCAUGCGGGUCCUGCUGGGCCUUCGGUGCUGUGGAGGUGAUCUCCGACAGGUUGUGUAUCCACAGCGAUGGUAGGAUCUCUGUGGAGAUCUCUGCCGAAGACCUGCUGUCCUGCUGUCAUGACUGUGGCAAGGGGUGUUUGGGCGGUUAUCCGUCUGCUGCUUGGCUGUUCUGGGCAAACAAAGGCCUGGUGACGGGAGGCCUCUACGGCUCCAACGGCUGCCGACCCUACAGCAUCGCUCCCUGCGAGCACAGCGUGAACGGGACUCGCCCGCCCUGCCACAGGGAGGAGGAGACCCCCAAGUGUGAAGAGCGGUGCGUCGACGGAUACUCGACCUCCUAUUGGAAGGACAAGCACUUGGGCAGAGACGCGUACAGCGUCCCGUCCCAGGAGGAGCAGAUCAUGGCCGAGCUGUUCAAGCGCGGGCCUGUGGAGGCCGCCUUCUCCGUGUACACAGACUUUGCGCUGUAUAAGACGGGUGUGUACCAGCACGUGACGGGUGAGAUGGUGGCCCGUCACGCCAUCAAGAUCCUCGGCUGGGGGAAGGAGAACGGGACGCCUUACUGGUUGGCUGCAAACUCCUGGAACAGCGACUGGGGAGAUAAAGGUUUCUUCAAGAUCAAGCGUGGAAAUGAUGAGUGUGGUAUUGAGGCGGAUGUGGUUACGGGAAUGCCAUUUAACUAGAAUAAACUAGUCCUGGCACUUAAGCAUUGCAUUUAAAAAGGAAAUUAUUGAGAGAUUUCAUGUGGUAAGCGGGGAAUAAAUGGUGUAAUGAGA